GGAGAGAAUGAAACGUUAAAAUGGCCACCUUUGUCCGUGUCGACCGUCUUACAAUUAUUAUUGUAUGCCACGACAGAUACUGAAUUACACUGAUAUCGUUUUUUUAUUAUUGUUGCGAGAUUUUAUUUUGAAUUCUCUCCUAUCGCAGAUUUACGGAGGCAAUUCCGUUUACCCACUACAUAGUCGCGCAUCGUUUUAGGCAGUCGGCGUCCGAAAAAAAAAACAUAAAAUAUCUAUUCACGAUCUAACGAUUGUGUAGUGCUUCUGGCUUCAUCGGAUUUCAUCCGUUUGAGAGUCCAUUGAGACUAAUAUGAGUUCCAUUUCCAACGUCGAAAACCUAUCUCCGCAAACUAUUCGCAGGCUAGUCCGGGAACAAGAAGAACUCAUUAAGGACCCUCCGGAAGGCAUACGGAUUGUCGUCAACGAUUCCGAUGUCACCGACAUCCAAGCAUUCAUCGACGGUCCCGCGGGUACACCGUACGCGGGCGGUCGGUUCAAUGUAAAAUUAGUGUUGGGCAAAGAUUUUCCACAUACACCACCUAAAGCAUAUUUCCUUACCAAAAUUUUCCAUCCAAAUGUAGCUAGCAGUGGUGAAAUAUGUGUCAACACUUUGAAGAGGGAUUGGAAACAAGAUUUAGGAAUAAAACAUAUUCUUCUUACGAUUAAAUGUUUAUUAAUAGUACCAAAUGCAGAAUCCGCUUUAAAUGAAGAAGCUGGCAAACUUCUAUUAGAAGAAUAUGAUCAAUAUUUCCAAAGAGCACAAAUGAUAACAGAAAUUCAUGCUCCGAUACCUAAAAGUAUGAAGAUAGGACGAGAAGAAGAUUCAAGUGAUGGUCCAUUAGCAAAAAAACAUGCCGGUAGUAAAUCAUUAGAAAAGAAAAGAAUUUCUAAAGAUAAUAGGAAAACAUUAAAAAGACUUUAGAUUAUGAAUAUUUAAACUUGUAUCAUAUUAAUAUUAGGUGAAACUCAAUCGAAUGUUGUCAUUAUAUUUUAUAUUUAUUUUAUAGCUCCUUGAAACCCUACUAAAAAAAUAGAUUUUUCCAAUUUGUGUGUAUUUAUUUGUUCAGUUGCUGUGUAAUAAAAUUAAGAUUCAAUUAUCUUGUGAACAAGUGUUAAGCUAAUUCAAAAUUUGUAACCCGUGUAUAUAAAAUAUUUAAUAGAUAAUUUAUUAUAAUAUAAAAUGUUCUAAAAAUUGA